AUGGCGCCAGGAAGCAAGGCGGAGAGGAAAGCAGCACUAGAUGCUGGAGCAUGGAUGUUCAAUGUUGUCACAUCUGUUGGUGUCAUCAUGGUCAACAAAGCCUUAAUGGCGACGCAUGGGUUUAGUUUUGCUACAACAUUGACUGGACUUCAUUUUGCAAUGACGACCUUGAUGACAUUAGUAAUGAAAUGGCUGGGAUAUAUUCAGCCAUCCUAUUUACCAUUACCAGAACUAGUAAAAUUUGCCUUUUUUGCGAACCUAUCAAUCGUUGGAAUGAAUGUAAGUUUGAUGUGGAACUCUGUUGGAUUCUAUCAGAUUGCAAAGUUGUGUAUCAUUCCAGUCUUAUGCAUUCUGGAAAUCAUAUUCGACAAAGUUCGUUACUCAAGAGAUACAAAGCUCAGUAUAGUGCUUGUCCUGGUAGGUGUUGCUGUAUGUACAGUGACUGACGUUAGUGUGGAUUCUCAAGGGUUAUUAGCUGCGGUAAUAGCUGUUUGGAGCACAGCACUACAACAGCAUUAUGUUCACCACCUUCAAUGGAAGUACUCGCUUGGCUCAUUCAACCUCUUAGGCCAUACUGCUCCAGCCCAGGCAGCAUCAUUGUUAGUAUUGGGGCCUUUUGUGGACUUCUGGCUGACAAAUAAAAGAGUUGACGCUUUUAACUACACAUCAAUAGUUACGUUCUUUAUUGUGUUGUCGUGCAUAAUUGCUGUUGGGACCAACCUAAGCCAAUUCAUAUGCAUCGGAAGAUUCACGGCCGUCUCAUUCCAAGUUCUAGGCCACAUGAAGACGGUUCUUGUGUUGACGUUGGGGUUCCUUUUCUUUGGGAAAGAGGGACUCAAUUUCCAUGUAGCCCUUGGCAUGCUUCUGGCUGUGAUCGGCAUGAUCUGGUAUGGGAACGCAUCGUCGAAACCUGGAGGCAAAGAGCGCCAGGUUUACUCCACACCAAGUGAGAAAACUCAGAAGCAUGGGGUACUGUCAUCGCAAUCCGAGCUUGAUCAGAAGGUCUGA